UUCUUGAAUAGUUAACGCAGGUUUGAGGUGGGCAGUGACGCAGAGUCUGAGACUUUCCUCGUAAUUUAUCAACAAUAUUCGCUUCUUUCGGCGGAACGGAUUUAAUACUUUUCUCCACUUCGAUAUCCACGACGUUGAAACGCAAUACCGGAUCAAAUCCAUGUGAUUUCGUUUGUUCCAGACCAGACGAGCCUCUUACAUGUGGAUAUUGAUGUGAUAGGGAAUAAAUAAAGAUGCCGCAGCCGAAAUCGCGAAAGAUCGCCGUCCUGGGCUACAGAUCCGUCGGGAAAUCCUCCUUGACAAUACAGUUUGUGGAAGGCCAGUUUGUCGACUCCUACGACCCCACGAUUGAAAACACAUUUACGAAAAUGAUCACUGUGAACGGUCAGGAGUAUCACCUGCAGCUGGUGGACACAGCAGGACAGGACGAAUACUCUAUUUUCCCGCAGACGUACUCCAUAGACAUCAACGGCUACAUCCUGGUGUAUUCAGUCACGUCAAAUAAAAGUUUUGAAGUAGUAAAAGUUAUCCAUGAAAAGUUGUUGGAUAUGGUGGGAAAAGUACAAGUACCCAUAAUGCUGGUGGGCAAUAAGAAAGACCUUCACAUGGAACGUGUGAUCAGCUGUGAAGAGGGCAAAGCUUUGGCAGAAUCAUGGAACGCAGCGUUCAUGGAGUCCUCAGCCAAAGAGAAUCAGACGGCCGUGGAGGUGUUUAAGAGGAUAAUCCUGGAGGCGGAGAAGAUAGACGGCGGCGCUCCUCAGGGCCGGACACCCUGCUCUAUGAUGUAGAUAACCCCGCCCCCUCCCCGCCCUGACCCCGCCCCUCUCCCACAGUCUGCCCCGCCCACCGGAGAGCAAGCACAACCUUUUCUAGCAAGCAUGUUUGUUCGUUUGAGGCUGGAGUUUGGGCUUGGCUUGUGUUUCUGCUCUGGUUCUAGGCUAAACAGAUUUGAACAGGGUUCGAGACAUUGAUCUUGAGAUGUU